GGACCAGGAAGCUGGUUAGAGACGUCUGACAUCUGGAGGUGGCAGAUGAAGCGGGGUGACCGAUCUUCAUCCUCCAGCUGUGCCCCCGUUUCUCAGUGUUUCCCCCUCCGAGCGGCUGCUGCUGCAUGUGGAAGUGAGACCUCCUCUGAACCGCACAGAGACCAACGAGCCGGCGUCCUCAGGAUGAGCUCCAUCACCACCUUCUACGCCUGCCACCUGCUGCUGCUGGCGCUGAGCCUGGCCUGCGUGGUGUGUGUGUGCGUGUGGAACAGCCGGUGGCGCGGCGGCUUCGCCUGGGACGGCUCCAGCCUGCAGUUCAACUGGCACCCGGUGCUGAUGGUGGUGGGCCUGGUGGUGCUGUACGGCAACGGAGCGGUGCUGUACCGCAUCCCUCUGACCUGGGGUCAGAAUAAACUCCCCUGGAAGAUCCUCCACGCUGCAUUCAUGCUCCUCGCUCUCAUCCUCUCCAUCGUCGGACUCUGCGCCGUGUUCGAUUUCCACAACACCAACAAGAUUGCAAACCUCUACUCCUUACACAGCUGGAUCGGAAUCGUAGCCGCCGUUCUUUUUGCCUUUCAGUGGGCGGCAGGAGCUGCCGGCUUCUUCCUGCCCUGCUCUCCUCCCGCGCUGCGUAGACUCCUGAAGCCCGCCCACGUGUGGUUGGGAGGCGCCAUCUUGAUCCUCAGCAUCGCUGCAUGCAUCUCUGGUAUCAACGAGAAGCUCUUCUUCGUCCUGAAAGGAAAUGAUGGCAAGAGUCAGCCGUACGCCUCCCUCCCCUCCGAGGCUCUGCUGGGGAACUUCUUAGGGGUUCUGAUCGUCGCCUUCGGUUUGGUCGUCUUCAGGAUGUUAUCCAACCCGCUGUGGCAGAGACAGGAGUCCAGCCCCCAGGACCUGCCGUACUCGGACCAGAAGAAUAUGAACUGUGACCAGGACGAGGAGGAUAUAGAGGGGGACAAGGACCCGGACCCGGAGGAUAUGGACUGGGACGACCACGACCACGACUUCGACUAUGACUUCGACCACGACUAUGACUAGGACUGGGACCAGGAUCAGGACCAGGGAUCACUGGGAUUCACACCACUCUGGAGGAAAACAUUGUUCUUAUUGUCCGUCUGCUGCGCAUGUGCAGAGCAACCAUUUAAUAUUGCUGUGGCACAAAUGUGGAAUAGCUGCAUUUUCAGAAAGUUGCAUCUUUCCUUGUUUCCACAGACACGUGGUUGGAGCAUUUUCCAAAACUUGUGUUUACGUCCAUUUCCACAGAGUUGUAAUCGGAGCGUUUUUGAAAAAGUUGAAUUUUCCCUUGUUUCCAUGGAUUUGGAACAUUUUCAAAAAGCUCUGAUUCCAGUGGCACUGAGCACCGUUGUCUUGUAAACGGACGCCUAAAAAGCAACAAGAGUGUUUCCAGCAUUUUCAUUGUUGAUCCUUGAACUCUUGAAUCUUUCAGUGAUUGUCCUGAUCUGCUUUGUCU